AUGUUUGUCCAGGCAUCGCCAAGGACCAGAGAGAGCAGAGAUUGCUCCCGAAACUUGGAUGGGUCCUGCCUGGGUACCAGCACAGUGCCUAUCCCCAACCUCGAUGGCAGCAGUGUUGCUAUGAGUGUCUGCAGCAGCGGUGGCGGCAGCACCCAGCCUGCCAAUUGCACGAACACUCAGGUGUGCGUCUUGAGGAAACAGAACAGAGUGAGGAAGAGGAUCGUCUGGGGCAUCGAGGUGGCUGAGGAGCUGCAGUGGAAGGACUGGGAACUGGGCAAGGAGAUCACCCGGAACCUGGUUCUGAAAAAUCUCUCCUCGAAAAUCCAGAAGAUGAAAUACAGACCUCCCAAGAGCAAGUUCUUCUUCACCGUCAUCCCUCAGCCCAUCUUGCUGAGCCCAGGCAUCAGCUUCACGCUCCCCAUCGUCUUCCGGCCCCUGGAGGAGAAGGAGUACUUGGACAGGCUGUGGUUUGAGAAAGCCGAGGGCACGUUCUAUGUGGACCUGCGGGCCAUCCUGCCUCGCCACAGACUGGCCUGCCCGGCGGCCCUGCAGCUGCCCUUGUGCGCGGUGGGGGACACGGCGGAAGCCUGGUUCUCCCUGGACAAUGUGGGGGACCUGCCCACCUUCUUCACCUGGGAGUUCCCCAGCCCUUUCCAGAUGGUUCCCACCACGGGGUUCUUGGAGCCAGGCCAGACCUUCCAGAUCAAAGUGACUUUCCAGCCCCUUGUGGCUGUCAUCUAUGAUGCUGAGGCCACGUGCUGGUACAGCGAGGGGAGCCAGCAGAAGUGCAGCAUGAGGCUGCAGGCUGUGGCCAAAUGCCCCCAGCUGCUGGUGAGCAUCAGGCACAAGCAGCCAGAGGACCAGGAUGCCCCAGGCUUCCAGAAAGUUCUGCACUUUGGCUCUGUUGCUGUGGGCUGCAUCAGUGAGAGGCAAAUCAAGCUGCAUAAUCCAUCUGUGGUGAACGCCCCUUUCAAGAUUGAAAUCGCCCCGGACCUGCCGUCCAAAGAGCAGGCCUUCUCGUGCCCCACGACCGAGGGCGUGGUGCGCCCGGGAGAGAAGACAUACGUGUCAGUGUUCUUCCACCCGGAGGCUCUGGACAGCAGGACCGUGGACUAUUUCUCCAUCACGCCUGCCGGCUCUGCCUCCCAAACCCUGCUCAAAGUAGUGGGUUUCUGCCGAGGUCCCGCUGUGUCCCUCCAGCAGUACUGUGUCAACUUCAGUUGGGUUAACCUCGGGGAGCGCUCUGAACAGUCUCUGUGGAUUGAGAACCAGGAAGACUGCACCGCCUACUUCCAGUUCAACAUCGACUGCCAGGAGAGUGUCUUCAGCAUCAGGCCUGCCUUCGGGACCCUGCAUGGCAAGGCCCGUGUGACGCUGCACUGCACCUUCCAACCCACUCACCCCAUCGUCUACUUCCGGCGGGUGGCCUGUCUCAUCCACCACCAGGACCCAUUGUUCUUGGACCUGAUUGGGACCUGCCACUCAGACAGUGUCAAACCGCCCAUCCUGAAACCUCGGCACCUCACCUGGUACCGCACACACCUGGCACGGGGCCUGACACUCUACCCUCCUCACAUUCUGAGCACCAUGCUCAAGGAGAAGAAGCUGCAGCAAGACCAGAAUGGGGCCCUCAUGCUUCCCAUAGAGGACCUGGAGGAUAUGCCAGCGCCUCAGUAUCCCAGUAUCCCCCCUAUGACUGAGUACUUCCUCGACGGCACAGGCAGUGUGGCCAUCUUCCCUCCACCCGUCACCAUCGAGCCAGCCGAAGUGGAUUUUGGUGCCUGUCCUGGAGCUGAGGCCCCCAACCCUGUCCCUCUGUACCUGAUGAACCACACCAAGGGCAAGAUCACUGUGGUCUGGACGCACAGGCCUGAUUGUCCCUUCUGGGUCACCCCGGACACCUGUGAUGUGCCCCCACUCAAGUCCAUGGCCAUGCGUCUACACUUCCAGCCACUGCAUUCCAACUGCCUCUACUCUGUGGAGCUUGAAGCCUUUGCUGUCUAUAAGGUGCUGCGCAGCUACAACAACGUCGAGGAGGACUGUACCGUGUGUCCAUCCUGGUGCCUGACUGUGCAUGCCCAGGGCCACACCUACCAUGCUGCCUAUGAGCACCACAUCCCCCACUACUCCCUGGAUGUCCCCAAGCUCUUUCCUGCUGUGCCCUCUGGCGAGCCAUCCUACCGCAGCCUGCUCCUGGUCAACAAGGGCCUCAUGUUGCUGACCUUCAACUUAGCUCCCAGCAGUAGCUCCUCGGACAUUGCCUUGCGGCCCACCUCGGGCCUUGUGGCGCCCGGGGCCCACCAAAUAUCCCUGAUCUGUGCCUACCCCAAGGGCACUUCAUGGAAACAGCACAACUUCUACCUGCAGCUCAACUCUUGCCUCCAGUAUCUCAGGGAGGUGACCUUGGAGAGCCGGGAGGAGCCUGUGCACCUACAGCUGGACACCUCUCAAAGUGUGUUCUUCACGCCCACCUGGGUGGGCUGCUCCUCCAGCAGCACCUUCACCUUCCACAACCCCUCACGCCUACCCCUGGAGUUUGAAUGGAGGGUCUCCCAGCAGCACCGAAAGAUGCUGGCAGUCCAGCCCAGCAAAGGGCUCAUCCAGCCCAACGAGAGCAUUACGCUAACGUGGGUCUUCAGCCCUUUGGAGGAGACCAAGUACUUGUUCCAAGUAGGAAUGUGGGCUUGGGAAGCCGGCCUGCCCCUCAGUGCCAAGCCCCCCAGCACUCACUACCUGCUGCGACUGGUGGGCAUGGGCAUCUCCAGCAGCAUCUCUGCCAAGGAGAAGGAGCUAGACUUUGGGAACCUUCUGGUGGACAGCAAGGAGAGCAGGUUCCUGACACUGCACAACGAGGGUGACUGUACCCUCUAUUACCGCCUGCACCUGGAGCAGCACAGCCCUGAGGCCAACGACCAAAGCCCUCCUGCUCUGCAGUUGGACCGGACAGAUGGCAGCCUGCCACCCCACUCUCAGGACACCAUCUGCCUGACCGCCUGCCCCAAGCGCCGAUCCUCAUACUCCUGGACUCUCAGCUACUCUCUGCUCUCACACAGAGACAACAAGGUAGGGGAGAAGCAGGAGCUGAGCCGGGUCACCCUGGAGGCUGUGUACCCCUUCCUCUCCAUCCUGGAUGCCUGCUCCAUGGGCAGUGCUGAGGGCAUCACCCGCAAGCACCUGUGGCGCCUCUUCUCCCUGGACAUGCUCAAUAGCUACUUGGAGCGUGACCCCACUCCUCAGGAACUCACCUACAAGGUGCCUACUCGGCACAGCACAAGCCAGACACCCCCAGUCCUCACCCCUUUGAAGCUUGACUUCAAUUUUGGGGCUGCGCCCAUCAAUGCGCCCCCAUCUGUGGUGCUUCUGACCAUGAAGAACAGUGGCGUGGUACCUGUGGACUGGUCCUUCCUCUUUCCGAGCGACCAGCAGAUAGACCUGGAGCUGUGGGCAGAGCAAGCUGAGUUUGAUAGCACGGAGCUCCACCAGAUGCGUGCACAGGACAACUGCAUCUUCUCUAUUAGCCCCAAAGCUGGGAGCCUGAGCCCUGGGCAGGAGGAGAUGGUGGAGUUCAAGUACAGCCACGUCUUCACUGGCACUGACCGCCUUCCGGUGCUCUUCAAGGUGUCCUAUGGCCGGGAGAUCCUGCUCAAUUUCAUUGGCGUGACAGUGAGGCUGCAGCAGAAAUACGUGCACUUCACCUCCACCAGCCAUCAGUUUGUCCCUGUGCCCAUCGGAGACAUGAUGCCCCCACGACAGAUUUAUGAGCUGUACAAUGGGGGCUCACUGCCCGUGACAUACGAGGUCCAAACCAACAUCCUGUCCCAAGUUCAGGAGAAGAAUUUUGACCACCCCAUUUUCUGCUGCCUCAACCCCAAAGGGGAGAUUCAGCCAGGCACCACUGCUCACACACUGUGGAUAUUCUCACCUCUCGAGGCCAAGACCUACACGGUGGAUGUGCCCAUCCACAUCCUAGGAUGGAACUCUGCCCUCAUCCGCUUCCAGGGGGUGGGCUAUGACCCCCACGUCAUGGGUGAUACAGCUCCAUUCUACACCCGCUCCUCAUGGGACAGUGGUUCCACACACUCUAGACUACUGGUUCCUGGCCAGCACGUCAUCCUGUCCCAGCCUCACAUCUCCCUGGGGAACAUCCCUGUGCAGAGCAAGUGCAGCCGCCUGCUCUUCCUCAACAACAUCUCCAAGAAUGAGACAAUUGUCUUUGCCUGGCAGCCGAAUCCUCUGGACUUUGGGGAGGUGUCUGUGAGUCCCAUGGAAGGUGAAGUGGCUCCUGAAGACACGAUCCCAUUCUUGGUGACUUUCAAAGCCUCUGUACAUGCCAGCUUCUACAGUGUGGACUUGGUGUGCAAGGUGUACAGGCAGGAGCUCAUGAGGCAGUACCACAAGGAGUUGCAGGAGUGGAAGAAUGAGAAGCUGCGGCAGGAGGUGGAAUUUACUAUCACAGACAGAGAAGUAAAGAGAAGGUCCCGCUGCACAGCCUGUGAACCUGCCAAGAAGUACAAGACACUGCCACCCAUCAGGAACCAGCCUGCUCCAAGUCGACCCGCCAGCUGGGACCUACAGAUCCCGAUGGAGCAGUCAUCCUGGUUGUGCCCCCAGCCACCACCACCGGGCAUGCUGUGCUUGGGCCUCACUGCUCGAGCCCAUGGCACCGACUACUUUCUGGCCAACUUCUUCUCAGACUUCCCUUGCCACUUCUUGCACCGGGAGCUGCCAAAGAGGAGGGUCCCCAAGCAAGAGUCGGCAGUGUUCUGGGAAGAAGCCUCCGAAGGCAGGUGGGGCCCCGUCUCCAAGCAGAAGCGCCAGCUCUUGGUUGACUGUCUCACCACCAUCAUCAGGGGCCUGCUGGAAGACAAGAACUUCCAUGAAGCCAUGGACCAGAGCCUGGUGGAGCAAGUGCCAUAUUUCUGCCAGUUCUGGAGUGAACAGUCGGCCAGGUCUGCGGCCAAGAUGAGCAGCCAGCACUUAAUGCCAAUGCUGUCUGUCUCCUCCUCCGUUGGGCAGGGAGGGAAAGACAGGGAGCAGAAGGGUGACAAAUUGGGGUGGGGGAGGAAAGACAGAGGAGAAGAGGAGAAGGAGGAAGAGGAAGAGGAGGUGGAAGAGGGGGAGGAGGAGGAGCUGUGGGGGGAGGAGGAGUUAAGCAAAGAGGGCAUAGAGGAGGAGAUGGAGGAAGAGAAUUUGACAUCCCUGGAGAACGAGCCUGCGCAGCAGCCCGAGUCCAUGCAGCAGGACUUGAAGCUCAUCCUGAAAGAGGAGCAAGAGCGGGAUGAGAAGGAGGCCAUCAGCAGGCUGCAGGCCUUCGCCAACCUACAGGAGGCGCUCCUGGAGAACAUGAUCCUGAACGUGCUGGUGGAGGCGAGCCGCGGAGAAGUGGUGCUCACCUCGCGGCCGCGCAUCAUCGCCCUGCCGCCGUUCAGCGCGCCCAGGUUGCUGAACCCGGAACAGGUGUUGCCGAUGCAGAAAACGGAGGGUCCACGCCAGGGGGCGCCACCUCCUACGGACUCCGUGCCUGUGUGCAAUGCCGGCCCCUCCGAGCUGCCGUCCUAG